AUGGAGAAGAAGUUUUAUUUAGAGAAUGAAUCAGAUAGGAUCUCUGAAUUGCCAGAAUUCAUUAAAACACAUAUAUUGUCAUAUUUGGAUACUAAAGAUGCAGUUAGAACUAGCAUUUUGUCGAGGUGUUGGCGGGCAUUGCCUACUUGGCUUCUCGAUUUGGAUUUGAGUAGUUAUUAUCUUAGUACGGCACUCACGAAUGAGUACUUGUCUGAUUUGUAUGAUGAUGCCUCCAAAAUGAGGAGGGAGUCAAUUAUUAGGAUGAGGGAAGGUUUCUAUGCUUUUCUUGAUCGAGUUUUUGAGUCGAGUUUGGAGGUUGAUAAUGUUAAGCUCUAUGUGCCGGGUUUUGGGUUUGAUUUGAAGUCUCGCUUGGAUCAUUGGCUUGAUGGUGCUGUUAGACGUCGUGUUAAAGAAUUAGAGUUAGAGAUUGGUGUGCGGGAAUGUCCUAGAUAUAGUUUCCCUGAAAGUGGUCUUGUUGCUAAUUCAAUCACGAAAUUGAAAUUACGUAAAUGUGAGGUGAAAUUUUUGUCUGUGAUGGAUAAUCUACUGCCUUCUUUACAGGAGCUCUGUCUCGAAGAUGUUUGUUUAAAUAGUAUGGCGUUGGAGAGUUUACUUGGUAAUUGCAUUUAUCUUAAGAAUGUCACUUUAAUGAAUUGUGAUGGGUUGAGAACAUUGGAAAUCUCAAGUCUUACUAAACUUGAGAAGGUGACUUUUGGGCAUAGUGUUUUAACAACUGUUUAUGUGGAAUCGAUUAAGGUUGAUGCACCUAAUCUUCUAGAGUUUAGGUACAUAUAUGAUGGCGACUCCAUUGGUAAUACAUGUCAGAUUGAGAUUGUGGAUUGUAAGAUUAUGAAACAUCUGGAGUUAAAUGGCUGUCAUCUGCAUGAUAAGGACUUGAAUUUCUUACUAGAGAAUUUUCCACUUCUUGAAGAGUUGUUUUUACAGAACUGUGAUAAUCUAGUAGAUGUCGACGUUUAUUGUCAAAAUCUUGUCAGAUUGGCUUUUGAUAACUGUAGGGAGUUGGUGAAGAUUAGAGUUUCUACUCCUAAUCUAAAGUUCUUCACCUAUAUGGGAGAAGAUCCCAUACCCUUUGUGUACAAGGGUCCAGCUCUAAAAUUGACAGACGCUUGCCUUCGCCUAAAAUCAGUCCUUAAAAAUGAGUAUUGGUUUGUUGGACUCAUCAAAUUACUUGAGAAGCUAAGUGACAGUGAAACUUUGACAAUUGAAGUUGCUUCUGAGGAGGAUAUUAUAAUUCCAGGAUGGUUAAGGAUAAAGUCUCGCCCUACCCUGUAUGCUGUCAAAAAUCUGUUGAUAGCGUUUCAACUGUCAAGGCUUAAGUCUCCUGUUGAAGUUUUCGAUUCUCUACUCUGGCUUGCUCCUUGUCCAGAGUCUAUAUCCAUAUCCGAUGGUGAUUUUUCAGCUAGCAAGUCAAUUAAGUUUCUGUACGAGAGGCCAUUAAAAGGCAAGAAGAAUGGUGGUCGCUGGAAAUCCUCCAACUGUUGGCAACACUCUCUCAAGAAAGUAUGGAUUGAAAACCAGGGAAGGGCCAAGGAUGAUAUGAAGCUGGUAAACUUCUUUGAGAAGGGGAGGAUUGGUGGAAAGGUAGAGUGUAUAAUCAAGAAUCUCAAGCCUGAAUAUUGA